UAGUAAUUAUAGGUUAUGUUUGUUUCGAUCCGGUCGUAUCGGUUUAAACUAAACGUAUGAUACAAGUAUGAAUAACAUCUUUUUUAUUAUAUUAUUAGUAUAUAUUAGCGCUGUUACAAAUAUUAGUAAUUUUGAAGGGAGUUGUUCAAAAGAAGAUGGAUGUUCAGCCACUCAUAACAAUUAUGCUAAAGAAAUAAAUGAGUGGGCUACAAAAAUAAGAGACAAAAUAACUUUUGCUUUGGAACAAUAUCAGUCCUGUGAAAGAGCAAACUGUAGUUGUCACAAAGCUGUGAUAGAUAAGGACUUGGCUCCAUUCAGUGAAGGAAUUACUAGGGAAUUAAUUGAACAAGCUGGUUCUAAAGGCACUAAGUAUCAAAUUUUUAAUGGAAAGCUGUACCGUGAAAAAGAAUGUCACUUCCCUGCCAGAUGUGCCGGGAUAGAGCACUAUUUGAAAGCUCUGGCACCCAAAUUACCUGACAUGGACCUCAUUAUCAACACUAGAGACUGGCCACAGGUCAACCAUGUGUGGGGACAUAAAAAAGUUCCAGUAUUUUCUUUCAGUAAGACUAAAGACCACUAUGAUAUAAUGUACCCCACAUGGAGCUUCUGGGAGGGUGGUCCAGCUAUAGCCCUGUAUCCAACAGGCAUAGGCAGGUGGGACAAGCACAGAUUGUCCAUUUCUGUUGCUGCUGAAAAUUGGCCAUGGGAGAAAAAGGAAGAAAAGGGAUUUUUCCGUGGGUCUCGAACAAACGAAGAAAGAGAUGCUUUAAUAUUGCUGUCUCGCUCUAAGCCUGAACUUGUUGAUGCUCAAUAUACUAAAAAUCAGGCAUGGAAGUCUGAUGCUGACACGUUAUAUGCACCUCCAGCAACAGAAGUAUCCUUUGAAGACCAUUGUAAAUACAAAUAUCUCUUCAACUACAGAGGAGUCGCUGCUAGUUUCAGAUUUAAACAUCUUUUCUUAUGCAAAUCUUUAGUUUUCCAUGUAGGCGAUCAAUGGCUAGAGUUCUUUUACCCCUCCUUAAAACCUUGGGUACAUUAUGUUCCUGUAAAUCCAAAGGCGAAACAAGAAGAGAUCAAAGAGUACAUAGAAUAUUUUAAAGAAAAUGACUCAUUAGCUAAAGCAAUAGCUGAUAGAGGGUUCCAACACAUAUGGGACAAUCUCACUGAUAAAGAUGUCAAAUGUUACUGGAGAAAAUUGUUGAAAAAGUAUGUUAAACUUCUGAAAUACGAAGUAAAACGUGACGAAAGUUUGAUAAUUGUUUAAGUUAGGAUAAGGAAAAAUCAUGGAGAUCUGAGCAAAUUCAUAUUUUUAUA